AUGGGUGCUGCAAUGGAAUACUACCUAGGUCAUACACCAUUCAAGAACAGAUUUCAAACAUCUCUGAUGCUGGGCUGGCACGGCGGCGUCGCAGGCCGCGUCGGAGAGAUAAGGUCCGCUUCGAGUCCGGGUGCAGGUAGGGAAGGGGUGCGAGGCGGGGAGAAACCGUGCAGCGCGACUGGGAGGUCAGCAGACCGCCCCCCUCGCCGCCAGGCGGCCCUUCUCCGGGGGCGGGAGCAGACACGGGGGGAACUCUGCGGGGCCAGAGCUCCUCCAGGCGGAGCGCGGUAUUUGGGCGCGCAGGCGCGGGAGGUCGACGUCCUCUGGACCUUGAAGUCGGGCGGGUCUGCGGAAAGCUCUGCCGACGAGCAGAUUGCGUGCUCAAAAUUUAUCUUAGCGAUAGGACAUAACGCUGCAGCUUUCCUGUCAUCUUUUAUUCUGGAUUCUGUGUGUUGGGAAGUCGUUGGAGUUGUGAAGCUGUGGAAUGAGUGGUGUCGAACGUCCGCCACAACAAAUGUCCUCCCGACAGAUUCCUUCUGUUUGUUCUACCGAUUAAUAUCAGAUCCAACCGUUUUGCUGUGCCAGUGUAGUUGCUAUGUUGCUGAGGAUCAGCAGUUCCAGUGGCUUGAAAAGGUGUUUGGCCAUAUGCAAAAGGAGGGCUUGGAAGUAACCAUUCUUUCAACGUGUCCUGUAGCUGAUUAUAAAACUCAGGAAUCCACUUUAACACUACCGUCUCCGUUUCUGAAAGCCUUGAAGACAAAGGAAUUCAAAGAGCCGGUCUGCUGCCCGCUGCUGGAACAGCCGAACAUUGUGCGAGAUCUCCCUGCUGCUGUUUUGAGUUACUGUCAAGUAUGGCAGAUUCCUGCGGUGCUGUAUCAGUGUUACACUGAUGGCAUCAAACUGGACACGGUUACAAUUGAAGCAUUCAAGCCUCUGCUUUCUUCUAAAAUCCUGAAGAGUUUAGUCAAGGAUGUAUCUGAAAGCACAAAGAUUUUGAAGAAAUUGCUGAAAACCAAUGAAACUCACAAUAACAUCUAUAUCUGA